ACUUUUAUAUAUAUUUAUAUAUUUGAACGUACCAAAUGUAUCUAUGAAACUUGGAAUAGUAUUUGUACUUUCAUUGGGGGCUACAUCAAUGCUCCCAUACAUUGGAAAUGCGAUGAAGAAACAACAGGUACUAGCCCCUACUUCAUUGAAUUCUUUUCAAUCUUCACCUGAGAUUCCCAAAUCUGUACCUGUUUCAGUGUUUUUGCAACUAUAUAGAUACGCACAUUUAAUUGAUAUUUCAUAUUGUGUGUCUAACACCAAUCAUAUCUCAGAGCCAUUUGAAUGUGAUCUCAGUUGCUCACAUGCAUUUCCUGACGUUUCAUUACUUUAUCAAUGGUUUUUUGACGACACUGUAGCAGGAUAUAUUGCAACUUCAAAUUCAGAUCCAUUACAAAAUAAUUCAACCUCUCACAAUAAUAUACCAACAAUAAUUGUCUCAUUAAGAGGAACUCAAUCAGCACCAGAUACAUAUACAGAUUUAAAAGUAGAUAUGACUUCUUAUGAAAAUUUACACAAUCACCUUUCCCAAUGUGGUCCAAGGUGUAAAGUACACAAGGGAUUUCAUGAUGCCUACUUGGCUACACUUGGUAAAAUUGAACCUUUAUUAGAUUUGGAAUUGGCUAAGAUUCAUGAUAAAAAAGCUCAAUUACUCUUUAUGGGCCAUUCAUUAGGAGGAGCAGUUGCAAUGCUAUUAUCCCUACAUUAUCUUGAUAAAGGAUAUGAUAAUAAACUUGUAACUAUGGGUCAACCACUAGUCGGGAAUGACCAAUUCACCGCAUGGACAGAUCUUGUUUUGGGGUCCUCUAAUCCAAUUGAAAAAAGGAAAUUUUGGAGAAUUAUCCAUAAGGGGGAUAUUAUUGCCACGAUCCCCAAUAAACAUCUUUCCAUUGGAACUACUUUUGGAUUUCCUCCAUAUUUCAAGCCAUUCCCACCACCAGAUAUACAACCUGAUUCAUAUACUCAAUUUGAAAACCAAAUAUAUAUCAAUUGUUCCACUCAUAAUGCAGUUCCAAAAUUGGAAGAGGUGGUGGAUUGUUUAACUUCUGACAAUAUGAAAUGUAUCAAGGGCGACUUCGCUCCAUUAGUACAUGAACAAAAUAUUAGAUACGAUGCCCAUCUCUACUAUUUCAGGAAAAUGGGAUUCUGUGGAGUAAGAAUAUGA